AUGAAUAACAAUGGCUUUAUUGUGUAUAUAAUUGGUACUACAGCGUCUGGAAAGACAAACUUAUCUUUGAAUUUAGGUCUUAAUAAUUAUGAGAUAAUAUCUUGCGAUUCUAUGUAAGUUUAAAAAGAUGCAGAUAUAAUGGCUGCAAAAGCUACAGUUAUAGAAUAGACAAUAAAAAAGCAUCAUGGAAUCGAUAUAUUAGAUUUAGAAUCUGAAAGUUUUAAUCGUAAAUAAUGGAGAGAUGGUAAGAAACAUUAUAAGCCCUAUUUUAGUGACUAUUAAAAAAAUUGAAGAGUUAUAAUCUAAAGGAAAAAUUCCAGUUUUGGUAGGAAGCAUUCAUUAUUAUAUUGAAUUAAUAUUAUUUAAUUAAGGCGAAGAAAACCAAUCACUAUAAGAAGCUGAACUAAUGUUAGAUGGCAAAGAGCCUUUUGAAUAUUUAAAAGAAAUUGAUCAAUUUGGAGCUGAAAAAUUUCAUCCGAAUGAUCGUAGAAGGAUUUUAAAUUCAACUAAAUCCAUCCAAAAUAAAGGAUAAUAAUCAUCUUAAUAAAUAGAUCAUCAUUCAUAAUAAUGUAAAUUAAGAAGUAUUAACUUCCUCAUCCUUUGGCCAAAAUGGAGGAAAAAUGUAGAUUUAUAGAUUAAAGUUGCUGAAAGAAUAAAUGAGAUGCUUGAAUAAGGGGGGAUUGAAGAAAUAUUAAGGAUAUUCUAAAGGUUAGAGAACAAAUCAAAUAAAGUGGAAGCACUACAAAGAAUUGGAUACCAAUAAUUCUAAAAAGUUUAUCAGUAUUAUAAAGAAUAAGGAUUUUAAUACCCAAACGUAGAUUAAAAAUUUUAAGAGCUAUUAUAAGAGGGGGCUGAUUAUUUAAUCAAAGAUACUAUGUUAAAAACAAAGAAAUAACUUUAAUGGAUUAAAAAUAGAAUUCUUUGUAAUCCAAAAAUUGAUAUUAUUGCAAAUAGAUUAUUUUUAUUAGAAUUUUCAACAGCAGAAACUUUUCAAGAGCAGGUAAUUCUACCUGCCUAAAAAAUAUAUAGCUUGUUUUGUGAACUAUUCCAUGAUCAUAAAUUAGGGGAUGAAUAAUUUAAAAUUGUCUAAUACAAUUUAGAAAAUAUUAAAAUAAUAACUCCUGAAAUGAUUGCAAAGUAUAAAUAAACACAAUAAUUAAAAUCAAGAGCUAAUUGGAAAAAACAAGUUUGUGAAUUAUGCAAUUAAUCAAUGAGUGGGCUAUUUGAAAUAGAAUAGCAUUUUAAAUCUCGUGCUCAUAAUAUUAAUGUUUUGAAAGAUGAACAAUUGUAAAUGAAAAAAUAAAAAAUAGAUUGAAUUUCUUAAGAUUUUGUUUUGUAAUNGGUACUACAGCGUCUGGAAAGACAAACUUAUCUUUGAAUUUAGGUCUUAAUAAUUAUGAGAUAAUAUCUUGCGAUUCUAUGUAAGUUUAAAAAGAUGCAGAUAUAAUGGCUGCAAAAGCUACAGUUAUAGAAUAGACAAUAAAAAAGCAUCAUGGAAUCGAUAUAUUAGAUUUAGAAUCUGAAAGUUUUAAUCGUAAAUAAUGGAGAGAUGGUAAGAAACAUUAUAAGCCCUAUUUUAGUGACUAUUAAAAAAAUUGAAGAGUUAUAAUCUAAAGGAAAAAUUCCAGUUUUGGUAGGAAGCAUUCAUUAUUAUAUUGAAUUAAUAUUAUUUAAUUAAGGCGAAGAAAACCAAUCACUAUAAGAAGCUGAACUAAUGUUAGAUGGCAAAGAGCCUUUUGAAUAUUUAAAAGAAAUUGAUCAAUUUGGAGCUGAAAAAUUUCAUCCGAAUGAUCGUAGAAGGAUUUUAAAUUCAACUAAAUCCAUCCAAAAUAAAGGAUAAUAAUCAUCUUAAUAAAUAGAUCAUCAUUCAUAAUAAUGUAAAUUAAGAAGUAUUAACUUCCUCAUCCUUUGGCCAAAAUGGAGGAAAAAUGUAGAUUUAUAGAUUAAAGUUGCUGAAAGAAUAAAUGAGAUGCUUGAAUAAGGGGGGAUUGAAGAAAUAUUAAGGAUAUUCUAAAGGUUAGAGAACAAAUCAAAUAAAGUGGAAGCACUACAAAGAAUUGGAUACCAAUAAUUCUAAAAAGUUUAUCAGUAUUAUAAAGAAUAAGGAUUUUAAUACCCAAACGUAGAUUAAAAAUUUUAAGAGCUAUUAUAAGAGGGGGCUGAUUAUUUAAUCAAAGAUACUAUGUUAAAAACAAAGAAAUAACUUUAAUGGAUUAAAAAUAGAAUUCUUUGUAAUCCAAAAAUUGAUAUUAUUGCAAAUAGAUUAUUUUUAUUAGAAUUUUCAACAGCAGAAACUUUUCAAGAGCAGGUAAUUCUACCUGCCUAAAAAAUAUAUAGCUUGUUUUGUGAACUAUUCCAUGAUCAUAAAUUAGGGGAUGAAUAAUUUAAAAUUGUCUAAUACAAUUUAGAAAAUAUUAAAAUAAUAACUCCUGAAAUGAUUGCAAAGUAUAAAUAAACACAAUAAUUAAAAUCAAGAGCUAAUUGGAAAAAACAAGUUUGUGAAUUAUGCAAUUAAUCAAUGAGUGGGCUAUUUGAAAUAGAAUAGCAUUUUAAAUCUCGUGCUCAUAAUAUUAAUGUUUUGAAAGAUGAACAAUUGUAAAUGAAAAAAUAAAAAAUAGAUUGA